AAAUCGGAGAGAAAUUACAAUGGCGGAGGAUCUGGUACUUGAUACGGCGAUCAGAGAUUGGGUUCUGAUUCCUCUCUCCGUUGUGAUGGUUCUCAUCGGUAUCCUCCGAUACUUUGUCUCGAAGCUCAUGCGUUCUUCUCCAGCUCCCGAUGCUAAGAUGGUUAAAGAAGGACAAGUUAUCAUUAGAGCUAGGCAUCUAAAAGCUGGAGCCAAUUUCAUCCCGCUGAGAUCAUUCCGCGCUCGGAGAUUAUACUAUAGCAACGAGGAGAAUGGUUUGUUAUAUGUCCCCAAGGGAGAAGGCACAAAUCCACAAGCUCAGAUGUUUUCUGAUCCUAACAUGGCCAUGGAUAUGAUGAAGAAAAACCUUUCCAUGAUUAUUCCACAGACACUCACUUUCGCAUGGGUCAACUUCUUCUUCUCUGGAUUUGUUGCAGCCAAAAUACCAUUUCCACUGACUCAGAGGUUCAGAUCUAUGUUACAGAAUGGCAUUGACUUGAGCACUGUCGAUGUUAGCUACGUGAGUAGUCGUUCGUGGUACUUCUUGAACUUGUUUGGAUUAAGAGGCUUGUUCAGUCUCAUCCUCGGAGAUGAAAAUGCCAUUGAUGACACGCAACGUAUGAUGCAAAUGGGUGGGUUUGGAUUUGAUGCAUCAAAGAGCUUGAGUGCAGAGAAAGAUGGUCUCGAUAUAAUUCAGCACGAAUGGGCUCUACCUCGAUUCGAGAAACGCGCAGAAUCCGUAUUAAGAAAGCUCGUGAAAAGAAUGGAUUCUCAGAUCAAGCAUGCCGUGGUGGUCAAAGUGAUGGGUCGUACCGGAUCAAGAGGUCAGGUUACUCAAGUUCGAGUCAAGUUCACGGACUCUGAUCGUUUUAUUAUGCGCAAUGUUAAAGGACCCGUGAGAGAAGGCGACAUCCUCACUUUGCUCGAGUCCGAGAGAGAAGCCAGGAGACUUCGUUGAUUCGCCUCUUGUGGUUAUAUGUCUUUUUAUUCCCUCUCGACUCUGGACUAGUGUUUAUGCACUUCAUUGAAAUUUUGUUGUUGGUUUAAGACAAUUUGCUGAAUUGGUAUCUGUUCUUGUUUUCUGGUAUCUGUUUGUCUGAAUCUCUAUGACUCAUAAUAAGAUUAUGCUCCUUAAACCUAGGCAAACAAUCAUAUCUGCAAAACCUAAAUUUUGUGAUGCCAUCAAUGGAAUUUAAAGAAGAAUGGCUAUUGAAUUUGAAA